ACUUCAAAGAGAGAACCAGCAAUCGUUGACAAUUGGCGGGAAAUACGGAAAAAAAUAAGCCCCUCUUUUAUCAUGGUGUUGGAAAGGUCAGUUCUACAGAAAAGAAAAGCAGCAGACAAUAAAAAAGCUCCACAGCCUAAGAAGAAUAAAAGUUUGGAUGAUGACUCCGAUGACUACAAGAGUUCCAGUCUGUUCUACCUGUCAUGUCGCAGUGCUGGUCUACAUUUGAAGAAUGGACACAAAUAUAAUGUGCUAGGUGCUGACCAGGCUAUGGUUCAGAAGAAUCUCACUAAAGAGUUGAAAAGCAAGGGAGGAGCUGAUGUUGUGGAAAAAUUUGCUGAAGGAUUUGAAGAAUACAUAGAAAAUGCAGCUAGGUUCCAUAAGAGCUUGUUGCCCAGUGUGACUGAUUCUGAGUGUCAAAGUGCUAGAGCUUGCUUACAAGGAAGUGCAGUGAAGAUUUUACUUGGGGUGGAUCUCAUUCAGACUUCUUUAAUGCGGGUCCUGUGUGAAAAAUUACCAGAAUUUACUGGAGAGAAAGACAGCACCAUUUUAGAGCAAGGUCAGAAGGUGAAUGUUCCUCACCUGCUGCUGUCACAGUUUCAAUGGCUAGACCACAUAGUCAAUGGCAAGGAAGUUACAGAAAAGCUUCUUGAGAUGCUCACAUGCAGCUGUGAUGAGGUUCAAAGGGAGAUAAUAAAUUGUCUCCCCUACAUUGUACAGGACUCCGAACAUACCACGGUGGCAACAGCUCUUCGAGAUAUACUUGCUGAGAACAAACAGUUGUCAAUACCCAUUCUUGAUGCCUUGUCCAACCUGGUUCUUCCUAGUACCCUUCUUGCUGAGAUCCGAGACUCGGUGCUGCAGCUACUGGCCUCAGUGGACCUGGAUGACCUUCCUGUACUAGUCAAAUUCCUGCUACAGUCUGUCACCAGCCAGGAUUGCCUGGAGGUUGCUUCUGAACUGAGAAAGAAUCUGGAAUUUGAUUGGUCGACGGCUGUAUCCAGCAGUAAAAAGUCUGGUGCUGCUAUAAGUGAUGGCUACAAGCAGGAUGUUGAGAGUGUCGUACUGGAUACGCUGAAGUCAGCUGUCAGGUUUCAGCGACAUGUUGGGGAUGCCCUUAUAAAGGCGAUUGAGCAGGAGAAGCAGCCCUCCAACCACAAGGUCAUUGACCUGUUCAUGCUGCUCAUACUCCACGGUACCCCGCGCAAGAAGGCCGUGGAGAGUCUGUUCAGGAACAAGAUUCGCGCCGGAUGUUUUAAUGAAGUCUAUCUAAAGAAAGUGUUUUCAGUUCAUUCACUGGUGUUAAAAGGAUAUUUCCAGUCUCUGUUGAAAUUGUCAGAGGUACUUCUGAGAUCGCCCGAGUUACCCGUGUCAUAUUUUGGCUGCUCCCUCUACAAGCACUGCUUCAUUGCCUUCGAGCCCUACCAUAGACAGGAGAUUGUGGGUAACAUGGUGGAGCACAUAGGCAGUGGGUUUGAGGCAGAGAUUGAUGCCUCCCUGGACAUCCUGGCUGAUCUGGUCACACACCAUCUGAACAAAGUGGCUCCUUUCGCAAUUCUUGUGAAGAGUAUGUUGGACUACCUGGACAACCUGUCAGUGGGUCAGAUACGAAAGCUGUAUGUGAUACUCAGUGCCUUAGCCUUCAAGAAUGCAAAUGAAGGGGGACUUAUACAGGAUGAUCUACAUAUUGUUAUCAGGAAGCAGCUGUCAAACAACAACCCUAAGUACAAGAGGAUGGGUGUAAUAGGGGCUGUAAUGAUAGUGACCUGUGUGGCAGAGAAAAGUCAGCCUGCUGGCCCUGAGAGCAGUGGUAACUCUAGCACACCGGACACUCUAGAAGCUGACCUCUACAACCAGGUUGUCUCCCUUCUCACCCUGGUGCGAUCCAGCAGCGCCAAGUCACCUGAGGCGUAUGCUCUCUUCCUGGAUGAGCUCUCGUCAAUAGUUGCGCAGGGAAAGCUCGUCAGCAAUGUAGAGAGUUGGAUCAGUGAAAACUUGACGGUGGAUUUCCAAGAAUCCUUUGUGGUGGAUAUAGAAGAUAACAAGCCGACCGAGAGUGGUAACAUCCCUAUGGACUGUCUGUAUGGACUUGAUGAUGACACGGAGGGAGCCCUAGCCAUCAACAUACUGCCCCUGGUCGUACAGAAGUGUGGCAGGAAGACUGCACUCACUGCAUACACUGAGAGUAGUCUGACAGACCCCCUCUGCCUGGCCCCAUCAGUGAGGCUUUUGAGGGUGUGUGAAGAACGCCAGCAUGGGACCCUGGAUAAUAUAGACGCACUGCUCGGCUGUGCGGUGUUUCUGACCAGGGAGACGGUAUAUGAGAAGCUUGAUCCCCUGUCACAGAGGGAGAAGAACAUUAUUGUGUCCUCUCUGUUCUACACCAUCAACUGGUUCAUUGAGGUCGUAAAUGGGUUUGCUGGUCAGUCUGAUCCAGAAAUCAAGGCCAAAGUGAUCACCAGGCUGCAGAAUAUAACAGAAAUGCAGAAAAUACUGCUGAAAUGCCUUGCAGUGUACCCAACUUUCAAGCCCCAGUUAGCCAAUUUUGACCUUGACGAAUCUCUGAAGCCAGUGACUCAUUCUGUAACAACUGGUAAAGGGGACAGCAAGAAGGGUAAAAAGGCAAAGAAGCCUAAGAAGGGAGACAAGACCCCUGAUGAUGCUGAUGACACAAGCAGGGACAGCUCUCAGUUGAAUGAGACUGCAGCAGGGAGUACACAAGCAGGAGAUAAGGAUGGCACAGAGAAUGGGGCAAAAGAGAAGCCUUCCUUAACCAGCCUCGCUGCUUAUAAACCCUACUUCAGGGAGUUGGAUAUAAAGGUGUUCACAAUUCUUGCUACGGGAUCAAUUAAAAAUGUUUUGCUGGACUCAGAGGAAAAUACAAAGGCUGUGACAGAGUUGUCUCUCCAGAUGCCUCAGAUUCAGUUCUUGAUGGAAGAUCUGUGCAGAAAAUUGGAGCAUUCAUUGCUGGCCUCUGCUUCAAAGAGGAAAACAUUCUUUAAAUCUAAGGGAGAUAAGAAGGUAGGGUUUUCCAAUCUGGAUCAGUUAACUCCCUUACAAGUGGCUACAAAUGCUGUGAAGUUGCUGCCAGCUCUGUGUAACCAUCUGGAGGCCUCCAGCGGUUUCUUCCAGACCCUGCUUGCUGAGAACGAUGGAGUUCUGGACGGCCCAGGCAGUCACAGUGCAGAGGCAGUCAUCACGGGAGCUUGCUUCCAGCUCCUUACACAGGCUGUACUCACCAUCUUCUCUUGGAAUGGGUUUCAAAUGUCGGAUAACCGGUCAUUGCUGAAGGAGGCAUUGAAAGUGCUGAUAAACAGAAUACGGGCAGGGGGUCCCACUCAGAUGUCCAUGAAAGAUGUCUGCAGACUGGCCAUGCAGUACAUUGCCAACUUUGCCAACACUGCCCCUGAUAUCUACACAGCAGUGACGCUGUUGAAACUCCUCAUCUCCUUGGCAGAGAAGGCUGAUGAUCAGACUCUGAUGAAGAAACUAGUGCCCCUUGCUGAAGACUUCCUCAAGAGAGAGUGGACAGAUAGUGAGGGGCAGAGGGAGAAAGGGGCCAAGUUUAACGAACAGCUACAGUUUGUUAUCAAAAUUUACAUCACUCAGUCGGAAGACCCAUUGUCAACUAUUGAAACCAUAGCAACCAAGGGUAUUCCUGAACUACUGGAAGCUGACAAGAAUGGCUAUUCAGCGUCUUUCCCCACAUUGACAAGGUCCUCUUACCCAGUGUACUACAGAGUUCUGUUCACUGAAUUACUUGAUGCAGUGAAAACUAUACCACCAGUCAGACAGACAGACCUUGUUGAUUCUUGGAUGGACCGGCUCUUGUGCUGGAAUGUCAGUGUGCGCAUCUUACACAUCCUGGUCAAUCUAAUCAAGACCUUUGACAGCCGUGGAUGUUUGGGAACAUGUAUAAAGUAUGGCCGCUUCUUUGUUGAGGCCUUCCUGCGUCAAGGCAUGCCCCUGCUUGAUAAGAUGUUCAAGAACCACAAGCAGGACAUCACUGGCCUUCUGAAGAACCUUCAGCAGAGCACACGAUUCCUCCAUCACAUGUGUGGCCACUCGAAGAUCAUCAAGGACAUAGCCCUGACGAACCAGGUGCCCAUGAUGAAGCGUACCCUGGAGGUGUUUGUGUUCCGAGUGAAGGCCAUGCUCACUGUGAACAAGUGUCUGGAGGCCUUCUGGAUGGGCAACUUGAAAAACAAGGAUUUACACGGAGAAGAGAUCAUGUCCCAGUCAGUGGCUGCCAGUGAGGCAGGUGGGGACAGUGAGGGGGAGGCACUGCCUGAGGAGGAGGAGGAGCUUAGUGAUGUGGAACUGGACAAUGAAAGCACUGCCAGCAACGAGACUGGAGACAAUGAUGUAACUGACCCCGAGGGCUCACUGAGUCAGGCCUACUGAAUACAUGAACAAUGUUGUCAAUCCAGGAGUCGUAAGAGUGCAUUCUGAAUCAUAAUGUAUGAUAUAAAUGUAUUUUAUUUAUCUUAGGGUCUUGUAAGGCUGAGCACACAAACAAUAUUGCUGUACAUUUGGCCAGUGACGUGGGGCUUUUUUACCAUAUAUAAUAAUGUAAAUCAUAAGGACCCUUAGAUUAGGUGCACUGAACACAUGAAUGUACUGCUUUUAUCACUGCUAAUGUAAUGAGCAUGCAAACAAUAUUGCAAUACCCUUUUGACUGGAAAUUACAGGCUGUUAGGUGUACUAAAACAAACACUUGUGUUCAUCCAGCACUUUAAAGGGGCCUUUUCACGUUUUGGUAAAUUGACAAAUUUCAAAAAAGUUGUUUCAGAUUCGCAAAUUUUCGUUGUAGUUAUGAUAUUUGUGAGGAAACAGUAGUACUGAACAUAUACCAUGCUCUAAAAUAUCCAUUAUUUGCAUAUUUUGAUGAUUUAAAAACCUGAAAAUUAGAAAGUGUUGCAACGCGAAACGAUUGAAUAAUUUGGGGAGUUCUGUUGUUGCCGAUAUAUUUUGUAAACUACGAGGAUUGCUUAUAUAAAGUAUAAAAUACACCCCUUAUUGUAUGAGGAAGGAUGGUGGAGUGGUCUAAGCGGUAGACUUUUUACUCCAGGGUUCAGUGGUUCGAGCCCUACUGAGGGUUACUUUUUAAAAAUGUAUUCUUGAUUUUUUACUGGAGCUUUUAAGAUCCAAUGUUUACAUUUAUAAAUAUAAAGCAUUUAAUGACGAACUUCAAAAUCUGUGAAAAGGCCCCUUUAAGGCUGGCAAUACUGAAUGAAUGCUUUAAUAAACACAUUUAAAGUGUGUCCAAUCGAAAGAAAUUUGUGUGAGCAGACGGUCUGAACAAGGGACAUAAUUUGUGUUGAACUUGAAAACAGAAAAGUCAGGCUUAAUGAACUCUCCAAAUGAAGCAAGCUCUGUGAAAAGUGGGUUAAAUGCAUGUGUGUAAACUGGCAUCCCAGAAUAGCAUGUGCAGUCCAAAAACACUUUAUUGUAUUUUAAGGUUAAAGCAAGACACUUGACAAAAAAUCAGUUUAUGCAGAAAGUGUUGUCCCAGAUUAGCCCUAUGUGGACUUCACAUGCUCAUCUGGGACAAGCAUUUAUGCACUUGCAUUAAACCAUUUUUUCAGAGAGCAUAGCUCAAAUGCUUACAAAUCUGGACCGAAUGAAAGACCGCCAUGAUACACAUUGAACUUAAGGCCACUGAAGAAUCCACUCCUUUACUGAAUAUAGUACUUCUCUUCAUACUGAUUUAAGUAUAAAGACAUAAAGAGCAAAGAUAAAACUCUGUUCCGUGACUGUUGAUGGCUUAAUUUAUGUUGCUUAAAAUACUUUGUUAUUGUAUUUAAGAUUUACCUCUAGUGAGCAAAAUGUUACAGGAUAUCUAAGCUCAUGUCUUGUAGAUUUGUGUUCAUAGUAAAAUGUUUGGCACAUUUUUCAGUUAUACAAGACACUAUAAAUGCACAAGUUUGUCUUAUGAUUCUUUUGACCUGCUUACACAUUUGAACUAAUCAAACCCUACGGAAAUCCCUGAUUUGUUUUAAUUAUUCGUCAAGCUAACUUGAUACAUGUAAUCCUGAUCAUGAGGGAGGUUAGAUCUUACAUGUUCUAUAAUCAGGAAUCAUUUGAUCAUACCCUUAGAUAACUGCUCUUCCUUAAACUCGGUAUACUUACUGCUUACUUACUGAUGACAAUGUUUGUACCUGUUAAGACAAGAAUCGUGUACACAUCAAUUUUACAGAUAAAUACCUGUGUUUCGCUGAUAAUUGUUAAGAUUUUAGUAUCUAAAAAUACCCAUAUAUGACCUUGUUUAUUAUACUGUUGUAAUUAAUACUGAUUGUACACUUCACUUUGUUGAUUUUUUUUCUUUCGAAACCUUGUUUACUAUUCACAUGUGGAUUCUGCCUACUUAUUCAUUAAUCUUAUUUGUACAAAAUAUAAGUCUGCAACGAUAA